AUGUCUGGGAACAAGGGACGAUUUGGAAAGCGAGUCAGAGACUCAGAAACCUGGAAAGAUGAUUUAGAUUUGCCGAGCGAUUUAGAAAGCGUGCAUACUAGUAAAAAGAGAAUUGACAAAAAGGUUAGCAAAACAACUGACGGAAAUGAAGAAAAGAACAUCGAUAAGACAGAUGCUGUGCUCGAUGAGGAGCAGAUGCUUUUUGGAAAUAAAAUAAGCUUGGAGAGUAAUGGAAACAAUGGAGCAGCGCUCUCCCCUCAGCAGCCCAUUGAGGCUUUACCACACACACUAGAGUUGCCAAAAAGAGAAGUAGAUAUUCUAAGGUUGGAAGUCACUCAUUUCCAGGAAAGGGUAGCUAGAAACGGUCUAACAUCACUUUCUGCAGAGGACAAGUCGGAAUUUCAGUCGAGAAAAGAACUUUUACAGAAGUUGCAGCAGAAUAACCACAGUGACAACUAUCUUCUCCCAGACGAUUAUAUAACGGAAGAAGGAAAAAUCGAUUUGGCCAAAAAGGCAAAGGCUCUUAAAAUGAAUAUGAGGGCUGAGAGGAAGCAGAGGGAAAACGAAUGGUAUGAAAAUCAGAUAAAUAGAGCACAGCAGGUGAAUCAAUUAUCGAAGUUGAAGAAGGAAACCACUGACGAAACAGAGAUAAAAUAUGAAUAUGUGUUUGAUAAGUCACAUAUGAUCGACUAUGUUGCAGACGUACCAGAGGAUGAAAUGAAGGAACUGGAGAACAAAAUUGAGUUAGAAGAGCUCAUUGAACAAGAAGAAAAAAGGGUCUAUAGUAUCGAGGAAACCAAAAAGUCCUUACCGGUGUUUCAGUUUAGAGACGAGUUGCUAAAUGCUGUUAAAAAAUACCAAGUUCUAAUAGUGGUCGGUGAAACUGGUUCUGGAAAAACUACACAGCUACCUCAAUACCUUUACGAGGCCGGGUAUGGCAAGCAUGGGAAAAUAAUCGGCUGUACGCAACCUCGUCGAGUUGCAGCUGUCUCUGUCGCCGCCCGUGUAGCCGACGAAGUAGGGACAAGAGUAGGCGACAAGGUAGGAUAUAGUAUCAGAUUUGAUGAAAGAUCAAGUGAAAACACAGUGAUCAAAUACAUGACUGAUGGUAUGUUAGUGAGGGAAUUUUUAACAGAUCACGAUUUGGCGAAAUAUUCUGUGAUGAUUAUUGACGAAGCUCAUGAAAGGACAUUGCAAACAGAUAUAUUAUUGGGUUUGUUCAAAGACCUUCUGAAAAAGAGGCCUGACUUGAAAUUGAUAAUUUCCUCAGCUACGAUCAACGCUAAAAAAUUUAGUGAUUAUUUUGAUUCAGCCCCGAUAUUCAACGUCCCUGGAAGACGUUAUCCGGUAGAGAUCUUUUAUACCCAACAACCCGAAGCGAACUACCUUUCUGCGGCGAUAAUAACUGUCUUUCAAAUUCACAUAUCACAAAAUAGUGCUGGUGACAUCUUAGUUUUUUUAACAGGUCAAGACGAAAUUGAAACAAUGGCGGAAAGUUUAGCUGAGACGUGCAAAAAGCUAGAGGGCCAGAUAAAAGAAAUGGUUAUUUGUCCCAUAUAUGCAAAUUUGCCUCCAGAACAACAAAAGAAAAUUUUUGAGCCAACUCCCAAGGGUGCAAGAAAGGUGGUGAUAUCCACCAACAUUGCUGAGACAUCAUUGACCAUUGAUGGCAUCGUUUAUGUGAUAGACUGCGGUUUUGUGAAGGAGAACAUUUAUAAUGCAACUACUGGGAUGGAAAGUUUGGAGGUGUUACCGUGUUCAAAAGCGUCUGCCGAUCAGAGAGCCGGGAGGGCUGGUCGUGUAGGUCCGGGGAAGUGCUUUAGGCUAUACACUAAGUGGGUCUACUUGAAUGAUUUGCCCCGGAACCCCACACCGGAAAUACUUAGAACGGAUCUAACAGGUGUCGUGUUACUAAUGAUGACUUUGGGUAUUACAGACUUGGUGCAUUUCGACUUCAUGGACAAACCAUCUACAAAAACAUUGGUGAAAGCAUUAGAGUUGUUGUAUGCUUUAGGUGCAUUAAAUGAAAGGGGGGAACUUACGAAUAUCGGAAUAAAAAUGGCCAUGUUCCCCACUAAACCUAUGUUAUCAAAAAGUUUGCUAGCAAGUUCAGAGCUCAAGUGCUGCGAUGAGGUCUUGUCGAUUGUGUCGAUGCUCGAGGACACUGGUUCAUUGUUUGUAAAUUCCAAGGAGAAGAAGGAGAUGGCCAAAAACGCCCAUGCCAGUUUCCACAGCAAGAUCGGCGGCGACCAUUUGACGUUGCUACAAAUAUGGAACAGGUUUGUAGAAAGCGGAUUUUCCCCACAGUGGUGCCACGACAACUUCCUCCAGUACAAGGCCCUCCAGAAGGCCCGUAACGUUAAAAAACAGUUGCAACGGAUCUGCAGACGACUUGGCCUACUCUCGGACGAUCGGCAGGAACCAGAGCGGGACCCAAACACGACGGCUCUCCAUGUAAUGAGAGCCAUCACCGCCGGCUAUUUCCCGCAAAGUGCUCGUCUCUCUCCACGGGGUGACACGUACACCACCCUCUCCCGGAAGCAACCCGUACUCAUCCACCCGUCCUCCACUCUUCACGGAGCUGUUCCUCCCGUGAAACUUAUUGUCUACCACGAACUGGUGAUGACGACAAAGGAAUUUAUGCGUCACGUGAUGCCAGUGCAGGGGAAAUGGUUGGCUGAGUAUGGGAGGAAUUAUUUUGACAAGAAGGACCUUUUGUAG